AUGUCGCUCCCCGGUCUCGAGCUAACGCAGCCAUCGGAGGAAAGAUCGCUGGCACCCGCGCCACCAUCACAGAUCAGCCUGGCCCCGGGCUCGGAAUGGCGGUUUGAGGUCGCUUUUGGGCAUAUUAUCAAAGUCAAGCUUCUCAAUGGAACCGCGGAACUCUUCGGCACAGAGCUUGCCGAAUCCCAAACCUACACAUUCACCGGCACAAAGGCGGCAAUCUUCACAUGGCAUGGCUGUGCACUUGAAGUCACCGGUGUCGAGGCAGCAUCGACCACAACUGAUGGAGUUACCCCGACGGUGGGCCACGGCGCAGGAGGUUGUCAGAGCGAAUACACGGCCGAGGAGACGCCAAUGGUAGAAUAUGCCAACGUCCACUUUGCGCUGGAGACAAUGCGCGAAGAAGCCCAAUCGAUAGGCAAGGAUGGCCCGCGCGUACUCAUCCUCGGAUCUGAAAAUACCGGAAAGACCACCUUGGCUAAGAUCUUGACCGCCUAUGCGACGAAGAUUGGCCGUCAGCCGUUGGUCGUGAAUCUCGACCCUACAGAGGGUAUGCUUGGCGUCCCUGGUACACUGACCGCGACUGCCUUCCGCACCAUCCUAGAUGUUGAAGAUGGCUGGGGAAGCAGCCCAAUGUCUGGGCCCAGCCCUGUACCCGUCAAGCUGCCGCUUGUGUACAGUUACCCGUUGCAGAGCCCGCUGGACGGCGAAGGCGUCGUGUACCGCCCAAUCGUCUCGCGUCUCGCACUAUCUGUCACGGGCCGGAUGGCCGAAGACGAGGAUGCGCGCGAAACGGGAAUUAUCGUCGAUACACCCGGAAUCCUUGGCACAGACAAGCCUGGCACCAUGGAACUCAUUAAUCACAUUGUGACAGAGUUCUCAAUCACCACAAUCCUGGUCCUGGGUUCGGAGCGUCUGUACAGCACCGUUGCCAGACAAUACGACAACAAGCCCAGCUCCAGCGCAACAGCCGCUGUCUUCGACGAACACAUCUCCGUGGUCAAGCUGUCCAAAUCCGGUGGCUGUGUUGACCGUGACGAUGCCUUCCGCAAGGCAACACGCGAGUCCCAAAUUCGUUCCUACUUCUUCGGCAACCCUAUCCCCUCCUCUUCGCCCUCCUCCGCCAUCACUCUUUCUCCCCACGCACAGCAACUCGACUUCGCCUCACUCCCUGUAUACAACUACACCGUCGCUUCAGCAGACGACGAAGACGAAGAUGAGUACGACCCUUCCCAGCUGGGAACGGGCGACUCCUUCCUCCCCGGUGGCAGCGACGACUACGCCCCACAAGAAAUAAAACAAGAUCCGGACCGCGCCGCCCCCCUCCCUGGUGUCGUGGGCUCAUUCUCAGAGCCCGCCGACGGUGCGAAUUCGAACGCCAACGCCAACAGUGGCAGCAGUGUUCCGCUCAAGAAGGUCCUUCCACCCGCCCCCUCCGCACUGGCUAAUACCCUCCUCGCAAUCACACAUGCACCAACCACGGCGUCCCCUGCUGAAGUCCGUGAUGCGAGCAUCAUGGGCUUCUUAUAUGUCGCCGACGUCGACACGACCAAGGGUACGAUCCGCGUGCUCGCGCCUGUUGGAGGGAGAAUGCCCCCACGAGCCAUUAUAUGGGCAAAGCGUUGGCCUGGGGAGUUGGUGGGGUUGGUUGGCUAG